GGUUAGGGUUUCCUCGUGAACGUCACAAAUCUGGUUGGAAUUGGGAUUUUAGGAGCGAAGUUUCUUUCCCUUGAUCCAAGCGGAUUUCGAACGCUCUCUUUCUGAAUUGAGGGGAAUCUCGAUUUCAGUAGCAGCAGAAGCAUCUUUCUUUCGAAACACGCGAUGGAAGAUAAACCCACUAGUAUUUUGGCACUUCCCCAGACUACACAAGAGCUUGCAAUUGAGGGCAUCAAGCAUCUAGAGGAAACGAUAGAAUCCGCUUUCCAGAUCCUCUACUCCAUGAAUGAUGAGCUCUGCAAUCCCACGUUAUGGUCCACCACUUCUUCAACGGCUACUUCUGCUUUAUCAAUUGCAAGCCCAAAUGGUCCAUCUCCGCAUUCCACAAAUGGAGUUGUAAACGGCGACGCGAGUUCUGAAAGCACUAACCAUCACGCUGACACCAGCAGUGGCGGAGGCACCGGUAGUGGGGGAGCCCUUGAGGAGGCCCGUGUUCGCUACAAUAAUUCAGUUCUUGCACUUCGUGCUAUUCUUGCUGCAAUUCCCAGCUCUCAGAAUGCAAAAGCAUAUGAAUCGGGUACGAGUGGUCAUGCAUCCCCAGCAGACCAAUCUGAAAUUGAUAAGUUGGAACAACACCUCUGUAAUCUUAGAAAGGAACUUGUCAAUAAGAACUUGCAUCUCAAGCUUCUGAUAGAUCAACUACGAGAUCUUGUUGCUGAUAUAUCUACAUGGCAAAGUCCUUGUUCAGUUUGAAGUUUGAACAUACAUGAUUUAACCUUGAGUCUCCUGACUAAUCGAGCUAGAUUGUGAUGCUCUGUUUCUUGAAAAGAUGAGCUGUUAUUAGAACGUGUCUUUAUAUCUCUCCAAUGAAACUGGGAACUGUACCUUUGCCAUUUUCACAAAAUUGUUAAUAUAGAGUUGGUCUCUGAUAAUGAAGCACCAGGAAUAAAAGGUCUGAUCUUUUUUAUUUA